UUUCAAGCUAAGAAAGAAUUCUACUACAAAAAGUUUGCAUUUUAAGAUUAUGGUUUUCAGUUAUCAUCAUAGGAUAAUAAGGUUGUCUAUACUUGGUCAAUCAAACGGACGGUUCCGAUUAGAUCAGAUAGACUCCAAAAUUUUUCGAGGACUAAAACGACUUUUAACCUUCCAAACUCCAGACAGCUUCGUGAACGCAUUGUUGACAUGAAAAUGAAAGCUUCAGAAGCUGAAACAUGAGAGCUUGAAGAUCUAAAAGAACUUUUUUUUUUUUGGGGGGGGGGUCGAGUUGAAGGCAAAAGGGAGAAACAAUGGGGUGUACAUUUUCAGGGUUAAAUGCAUUAUACGACGCCGUAAACGGGGGAGGAGACGUUUGGAUCAACGACAACAGGUUCAGGAUCGUGAGGCAGCUGGGUGAAGGGGGGUUCGCCUAUGUUUAUCUGGUGAAGGAAGUCAUCUCCGAUUCCACUUCAGCUGGUGGCUUAGCCAAAAAAGUCAAGGACCCUUCUCAUCUUUCUGGAAAUUCAAGCAUUGGUCAAUGGAAAAUUGAAACCAUCUAUGAUGAUGGAACUUAUGCACUGAAGAAAGUUCUCAUUCAGAAUAAUGAGCAGUUGGAAUUGGUUCGGGAGGAGAUCCGUGUUUCAUCCUUGUUUAGUCACCCUAAUCUGCUUCCUCUUCUUGAUCAUGCUAUUAUUGCUGUUAAGCCUACACAAGAAGGAUCACGGAAUCAUGAAUCAUAUUUACUAUUUCCUGUUCAUUUGGAUGGAACAUUAUUGGACAAUUCCACAGCUAUGAAAGCCAAAAAGGAAUUCUUUUCUACCUCAGAUGUUCUACAAAUAUUUCAGCAGCUGUGUGCAGGACUGAAACAUAUGCACAGUCUUGACCCUCCAUAUGCACAUAAUGAUGUCAAGCCUGGUAAUGUUCUUUUAACCCAUAGAAAAGGGCAAUCGCCUCUUGCUAUAUUGAUGGAUUUUGGGAGUACUUGUCCUGCGAGGAAGCAAAUUCGUUCUCGUUCUGAGGCACUACAAUUUCAGGAAUGGGCAUCUGAACACUGUUCAGCACCUUUCCGAGCUCCUGAGUUGUGGGAUUGCCCAAGCCAUGUAGAUAUUGAUGAGAGAACUGAUAUUUGGUCAUUGGGGUGCACUUUAUAUGCAAUAAUGUAUGGGGUAUCCCCUUUUGAGUAUGCACUUGGAGAAUCUGGAGGAAGCCUGCAAUUGGCCAUUGUAAAUGCACAGAUCAAGUGGCCAGCUGGACCUAAACCGCCAUAUCCUGAAGCUCUUCACCAAUUUGUUACUUGGAUGCUUCAGCCUCAGGUAGCCAUUCGCCCCUGCAUAGAUGAUAUCAUAAUUCACGUUGACAAGUUGAUCUCAAAGUUUUCACAGUGAUAUCAUAUGGGGAGUGAGAAGAAAAGGGCAUUCAACCAGUGAUGUACAAGAUGACCCAUGUCUUUUAAUUACUUCAGAGGUGAAAACAAUAUCAGUUCCUUAUUAAAAGUUAUUACAUAGAUAAUCCUUUUUGGUGUAGUUGUGCCUUAAUUCGUUUGUCAUAACUAUUGAACUUCAUGAUCUGUAAUUUAUUGAAGUCCAUAUCUCCCUCUCUGCAUCCAAGAUUCAAUUUUUAUAGGAAAACCUCAAUAAUUUAUGUUAUCCAUUUGGUUUAUAUUUCAGGUACCUCGGUUUUUUGGGUUGCAGACCUAUAUAAAGUUAAUAAAGCAUGCUUCUUUUAAGAUUUCUUUCUGCAAAAAUUUUCCUUUUUUUUAUUUUUUAUUUUUUAUAUUCUUGUCAAAGUUUGAACUUUGAUUAUUGAAUCUAAACCCGCACUCUAUGGUUGUAAGAUUUUGAUUGUCUGUUUGGAAUAAUUAAAAUCACACUAGGAUUUCCAAGUU